AUGGAAUCAUCGACCACCACCAGUAGUAGUAAUCUUACAUCCGCAAUAGUCGAUGUCGAUAUGAAGGAUCCAUCCAACAGCAGCAACAUGAUCACACCGACCACUUCAUCAAAUGGCAAGAGGAGGGCUAUACCUCCUAGUUCUAUACCAGAUUUCCCAAGCUAUAACAAAGUCAGAAGUCCACCCGCUCAGACGUCACUUUCACCUUCCCCCACCUCCUCCCCUUCCCCUUCUUCACCCUUUACCAGUCCACCACGAUCAGUCGCAGGUCAAAUGUUACAUCCCGUUCCCAUGCCUUUAUCACCACUCGGUAUGGAUUCAGGUCUAGCGCCUCUAUCCUCCCCGUGGCACACGCUGGCUGCGACAUCAGGCGCACCGACUCCCUCAUUGGAAGGACCUGGAAAGGGCAGUCCACACUUGGGUUACCCAUUCGAACGGUUGAACAUCGGUGGAAGUUGGAGCGGUGCCAAUCUCGUCGCGGAGAGCUCGAGAAGGAGAUCGUUACCUGGAGACGUGAAAUCCAUGGCACCUCCUCCACCUCAACUUGCAGAUCAAUUCGCAAGAUAUAGAGCCUUGGCAGGACACGCUUCAGCCAAUGCCAAAGGCAAAUCGAGAUCGACAGAAUCGCCACCUCCUCAAAAGUCACCAACGCCUGCAACAUCUUCUGAAUCUGGACCUAUGCGUCUUCAUCUCCCUGGACAGGCUAAAAUGCCAUCUCCACUAGGACCGAGCAGUUCAUCAAAGAUUAUACAUCCUCUUCCCCCAAGAUCACUCCGUCCCCUCUUACCUCUCUCGACAACCCUUGUACUUGAUCUCAGACCUCCAUCGUCAUUCCAUUCGGCCCAUUUACCAAACUCCGUCUCUUUGCCGAUCCCCUCCACACUUUUACGGCGACCAGCAUUCACCCUCUCAAAGCUCACCCAGAUGUUGCCAGCCGAGGCCAGAGGGUCUGUGGCGGAGUGGAAGGAGAAACGAGAUAUCAUCUUACUCGAUGCAGACUCCACACGAUUGACAGCGGACAGCAUCAUGACGGGUCUGGCGGGUAAAUUCGACCGUGAAGGGUUUCAGGGCAACAUGUGGUACCUCCAAGGUGGACUCGCAGCACUGAACGGGGUAGACCUGAACCUCAUCACCGAAAAUAGCGGCGAGGCGACACCUGACAACGCCGAAGAGGGCUUGAUGGUGGGCAAGUUGGGAUCUCUAGCUUUCCAGCAAGGAUCCACCGGAAGUAAUCUUCAGAAUCGUCGGAAGGACGGCCCGCGGACACCAGGCACACCCAUCCGCAAAGAUCCAUUCUCCCCUACUUCGAGUCAUACCGAAAAGCCUCCCUACAACCCCGCUUUCACCUCGCCAGGCUUCAGCAGUGCCGCUUCCAGCUCUGGUAAGGACUCUGGCUCGUCUUCUCGCGGAUCGCACCAUCACUCGUAUAAUAUUCAACCUGCCAAUCCCUUUUUUGACAAUAUCCGACAGAAUCUCGAACUCUCACACGACGGCAUCUCGGAGCGCAUCAGUCUCGACUUGCCCGAUAGUGUCACUUCGCGAGCCUCAGAGUUUCCAUCUUGGAUCCGCAAGCUCGUCAUGCUGCCACCCACCGAGGCUGCCGACAGAUUGGCGAGUGAAUUCUACCAGGUGGAAUUACAAGAACAAAGACGUUUGCAAGCUGUCAUGGAUUGGCACACCCGAGAUUCGGGUCGAAGGUUGACGUUUUCCAUCAAGGCAGCUGUCGAGGCCUUGCAGUCUGUCGCGGAUGAUGUGGCAGGUGCGACGAAUGAAGACGCGCAUUAUUUCCCAUUCUCUAUCUCUGCGGGAGUCGAGCGAGGCUCAAAAAACAGAUACAAGAAUAUUUGGCCUUAUGACUUUUCACGUGUCAAGCUUGAUUCUCCGCCUGAUUCUGAUUCAGAUUACAUCAAUGCCUCCUAUGUCCAGCCCAAGGGUACGGCUCGCAAAUACAUUGCGACCCAGGGUCCGUUAGAUGCCACCUUUUGCGAUUUCUGGACAUUGGUUUGGGAACAGGAUGUCCGAGUCAUCGUCAUGUUGACAAAGCAAUACGAAGGUGGUCUGCUCAAGUGUGGCAAUUACUGGUCAAAUGCCAACUACGGGUCCAUCCGGGUUGAAUUGGAGUCCCAGUACGGUGGAGAGGAUCGCAAGGCGGAUGAUGCUCCAGGUUUCGACUUUGGUUCGGCCUUUCACGACAAAGAUGAGGCGCCAUCAUCAGAUCAGGAAAACAUCCAUCGUGUCUUUACGCUCCGUAAAAAGAAUGGCGAGGCUCGCAGGAUUGUCCAGAUACAAUGUACGGCCUGGCCAGAUUUCGACGUUCCCGACUCGCCAGACGUCCUGUUGAAUCUCCUUCGAGAUGUCAACUCGGCGACUGAAGAGCUUUGCAACGGGGACGCGGAUGAUCGAGCCGCUCAGCCUCCAGUCUUGGUGCAUUGCUCUGCGGGCGUUGGCCGGACGGGUUCAUUCAUCAUUGUCGAUGCGAUUGUCGAUUUCUUGCGCAGGGAACGAGACUCUCAGCAGUCUUUCACCACCCGCUCGUCCAGAGAUACCACGGAUUCUCUGUCGCCUUCACCGAGCUCCGUUGUCCACUUUGCAGACUCGAUUCCUCCGCCAAGCUCGUCUGUGCGAGACCAUAGAAGUCGAUCGAAUUCUGGAUCCGCCUCGAUGCUCGAACCCAUCAAGGAAGACAAGAUGGAUUUGGACCCGCCAGCAUUCUCCUCGAGUUUACCUCGCAAAGCGAGGCGAGAUUCUUCGGAUGGAGCGCCGAGAAGUAGAAGCUUUUCCGAUACACCUGGUAGACCCAAACUUCGAUCAGGAUCCCAGUCGAGGAGCUACGAGGAGAAUGAGAAAGCCCUUCGAAGAGAUUUUGGUGUCGUGCCGGUCCUUACCAAAUCUGGUGAUCGGCAUCGGGAGCCAUCGCCUAUCCACUCUCUGGAUGGGUCGAGUCCAGUGGCUACUGUCUUGGAGGGUAUGCGAGUGCAGCGGAUGAGUCUGGUACAGAGUUUGAGGCAAUAUAUCUUUGUCCAUCGAGCCAUCAUUCACGCCUACCUCAACAUGAUUGACAAUGAUCGACUUCGCGGUAAAUCCCCUUCAUCACUCGCCUCGGAUGUCGGUACCAAUCCUUCCAUGUCAUCCACGACGACAUUUGCACCCAAGACGGAGAGCACCACGGCGACUUCAUUGACUUCUGCAUCCACAGCGGACGAUACCUCGAUGCGUUCCGGCGUAUCUACCAAAGGAGGCGCGCCGCCGCCCCCCGCCGCCGCCGGCACUGGCGCACCUUCAGACGAAGAGAUGGAACCUCAUAAACGUCGAGCAUCACCCACAGAGCUGACUAUGUCCGCUGAGAAUAGUCCGAUCGGACCCGGUUCGAGACCUGUCCUUGGAUUGACCAAACGGCCCAGUUCCAAGAAAAUGAGAGCUUCCGAUUCGAGUCUGAUGGGAGCAACACCAUUGGAUUUGUCCAGUCAGGCAAAGGCCACAGCGACGAGCACGAGCACGAGCACGACGGGAGGUGCGGCAAAAAUCGCAGGGACGCAGAAUGUGUUCUCGGUCGGUGCGCUGGAUACCGGGGACCGUGGACCGACAAAGGCGGUAUGA